ACAGCGAACAGCGACGGGCGCAUUGUCAACAUGCUGACUUCCGACCUUGAGAGUGUCGGCUAUAUCGCAUCCUACCUCGACGAUAUCUACACGAUUCCGAUCGGGUUCUGCAUCGGCACCUGGUACCUUUACAGCCUGUUGGGCGUCCCGGCGAUGAUAGGACUAACGCUCAGUGCCAUUUACUACCCGCUGACCAGACUAAUGGUCAAGUACCUGAUUAAGUACCAAAAGAAAAUGACGGCACUGGACGACGAGCGUGUGACCAUGAUCACUGAGAUGUUCCAGGGCAUCCGCGCCGUCAAGCUGUUCGGCUGGCAGACGCGCUUUAUCGAGAAGGUGCGCGCGAAGCGUGACGAGGAGCUGAGCGCCAACUGGAAGCUGCUCAUCUUCCAGCUGCCCGUGUCGUUCAUUCGAUCGCUCACCGCGUCGCUGAUUCUGGUAGCCACUCUGGCCAUCUACACGUUGGUGUUUGGCAACACGCUGACGGCCGACAUCAUUUUCCCGUCGAUAACGGUGUUCUCGAUGGUCAGCUCAACAUUUAACCGCAUCCCGGGCAUGUUCAGCUGGAUAACCGAGUGCUACGUGUCACUCAAGCGCAUUGAGACGUUCAUGGUGCAGUCCCACGCGCAGGACCUCGAAGAGCGCGUUGCAAAGCCUGCCGGCUCCAACGGCCCUGAAGAUGGCAUGCUAGACGCCCUUGAGGCCGGGUCAAUCGUUGGGUUUGUCAAUGCCAGCCUCAUAUGGUCGGUCGAAGCAGAAGCUACAGAGCCCAAUGCAGCGUCGACCACAGAGGCGACCACGGCAGUGGCAUCGGUGAAUUCGGGAUCGCCGAGCCGAGAUGAAGUCGCAGAUACCACUGCGCAGACACCGCUGGUGGCCAGCAGCCAGGGUGCAUCGUACGCGGCCAUCGGCCAGGCGCCGUUUGAAGUGAUGUCUGACAGCGAGGAGUACAGCAAGCGUGUUUCUCCAGUCACUGCGGUUGAUAUUUUACCGGCCACUCUGGAGCACACGAGCAAGGACGCCACUACUAACAAGGCAGGUAUGGCCAGCUUCUCACUCAACGAUAUCACGCUGCUUUUCCCCACUGGCGGCCUCUCGAUCAUCGUCGGUCCGACUGGGUCGGGCAAAUCCUCGCUGCUUGCAGCACUCAUCGGAGAAAUGACGCUCACAUCUGGGCGCAUUAUCCUGCCGACCGCUGAUCCGCGAUCACUCGACUUAAAGCUGGCAUCUGGCAAGUACGUUGAGGUCAUGGAGCUGGCGAGGCAGGGUCUGGUGAUGGCCAACGUCGCGUACGUCUCGCAGGAAGCAUGGCUGCGCAACGCAACCAUCCGCGAGAACAUUCUGUUCGGCCAGCCCUACAACCAGCAGCGCUACGAGGAAGUGCUUCGCGUGUGCGCGCUCAAACCUGACCUGCGCAUCCUUACGGCCGGCGACUUGACCGAGAUUGGCGAGCGUGGUGUGACAUUGUCUGGUGGUCAGAAGCAGCGCGUCGCAUUGGCGCGCGCAGUGUACUCGGACCGCCGCAUCCUACUGAUCGACGACUGCUUAUCUGCUGUUGACGCGCACACGAGGAAACAUAUACUGAACCAGUGCCUCGUCGGUGAGACGUCGCUGAUGCAAGGCCGUACACGGGUUCUGGUCACCCACCAUGUAGCUGCGUGCCUGCCGCACUGCAACUACGUGGUAGUGCUGCGCGAGGGUCGUGUGGCGAUGAGCGGGCCCCCGAACGAGCUGCAGAGCCUGGGCCACUUUUCCAACGAGGUUAUCGUAGUGGACCAGAAUAUUGCCACUGAAUCCGAGUUUAAGACCUCGGAGCUGGCUGAGCAGGGCGAAGAGGAGGCCGAGCAGCUCUCAUCGCCGGACGUGAACGACAUGCACACAGAGGAUGAAUACAACCGCAAGCGCCGCUUGCAGUUAGCCGAGCAGCGUGGCCUGGAUCCCAACAGCGACCUGUCGGAGCUUGACGACAUUCUGGUCGAGGACGAGGAGUGUGAGCAAGGGUACGUGCGCCCAGAUGUGUGGAUCGGCUACAUGCGCAUGUGCGGCCCGUUCUGGUUCUGGGUGUCGAUCCUGGGGUUUGUCUUUAUUGGCCAUGGAGCUUACAUCCUGCAGGACUACUGGGUGCGCAUGUGGAUGAGCAAUGCAGGGGAGGGCUCGUCGGUAGUGUAUUGGCUGUCCUCGUAUGUGCUGAUUGGCAUGAUGGGCACCAGCAUUCGCUUGGGUGCCAUGCUCAACGAAAACGCGGGUUCCAUCCGGGCUGGUCGCCAGUACCAUGAGGAGCUGUUUAUUCGUGUCAUGAACGCGUCGCCACGCUUCUUCGACAAGACGCCUAUCGGUCGUGUCAUCAGCCGCUUCUCUCGCGACAUGCGCACUAUCGAUGACUCGAUACUCGACAGCAUUGUAUUCAUGGUCUCGCAGAUCAUGCAGGUUGUUGGUGUGUUUGUCAUCAUCUCAGCCGUGACGCCACCGUUCGUUGUCAUUGCUGUGCUGAUGUGCAUUGCUUACAGCAUGCUCGCUGUGUAUUACCUAAAUGCCACGCGCGAGCUCAAGCGCCUCGACUCGAUCUCCAUGUCGCCGUUGCUGUCGCUCUUCAGCGAGCUCAUCACUGGUGUUGAGUCCAUCAGGGCGUUUGGCGCGCAGAGCCAGUACACAAUGGAGGCUAUGAACCGCAUCGAUACGCACAACCGUCCGUACUACCUCAUGUGGGCCGCCAACCGCUGGCUGUGCUCACGUAUCGAGUUCUCCGGCUGUCUCGUGGCCUUUACAACCAUCAUCCUGAUUCUGCUCAACCUCGACAACAUUGAUGCGGGCCUGGCCGGCUUUGUCAUGAUGUACGCCAUCUCGUUCUCGGACAACAUGCUGUGGUUUAUCAGGAACUACAGCGACUGCGAGAUCAGCAUGAACUCUGUUGAGCGCAUCAACCAGUAUCUGAAGAUCGAUCAGGAGGCUGCUGCCUUUGCAGACGACGCCAACCGCCCACCCACCAGCUGGCCGGCCAGCGGCGCCGUCCAGGUGUCUGAUCUGGUUAUUGAGUACAUGCCGGGCACCCCCGUGCUCCAUGGCAUUUCAUUUGCUGUCGCUCAUGGCGAAAAGAUCGGUGUUGUCGGCCGGACGGGCGCUGGCAAGAGCACACUGUCGCUAGCGUUCUUGCGCUUUAUAGAGGCCACCAGUGGUAGCAUUGUUGUUGAUAAUGUGGACAUUGCCAAGAUCGGAUUGGAGGAGCUGCGUCGGAACUUUACGAUCAUUCCUCAGGACCCGGUGCUGUUCAAUGGCACUAUCCGCUUCAAUCUUGACCCAUUCGACGAGUUCCCCGAGGCGCUGCUGUGGGAUGCUCUGAAGCGGUCGCAUUUGGUGUGCAAUGACAAUGAGCCACCGAAGAAUGUGUCGCCAGCCUUAACAUCCACCACCAGUUCGUCACUGUCCAUCGCAGCCAAGAGCACGGAUGAAAACAUUGACGAAGUCUCGAAACCUGCGGACACCAGACUUGCCAAUGGCCACGCAGGCCGCAUGACUGGAGUUUUCAACAGCCUGGACGCUGAGAUCAAGGAGAAUGGUCAGAAUCUUUCGCUUGGCCAACGCCAGCUCGUUGCGCUGGCUCGCGCGCUGGUCCGCCGCUCGCGUUUAAUUAUUAUGGACGAGGCCACUGCGUCAGUUGACUUUGACACGGACGAUCGCAUUCAGCGCACCAUCCGCGGAUCCGAAUUUGCCAACUCCACACUGUUCUGCAUUGCGCACCGCCUACGCACUAUCAUCGACUACGACCGCGUGUUGGUGCUGGACAAGGGCAGGAUCGUCGAGUUUGACACACCGUGGAACCUGUUACAGAAGGAGGACAGCCAGUUCCGAAGCAUGUGCGAGAAGACUGGCGAGUACGAUCGCCUGUACAAAAUUGCGGUCCAAGAACUAAGCAAGGCAAAAAUUGAAAACGUAAAAUAAAAAAGUACUUUUUAUUUUCAUUAAUUUCAAUAUUGCACCCAGUUUUUUUGGUCACUGCUAAAUUUUUGUCUCGAACUCAAAAAAUAAAUUAAUAUGCAUUCGUGCCGAAAAUA